AUGGCUAGGUCUAUUCACACCACCCGGUCCAUCCACACCGUGUACACCCAGGAGGAGGCCAAGGAACACAACGCCCACAUUAUCCAGCCUCCCAGAUUCACGUCGCUGGCCAUCGCCACCUACUUCAAGACCCGUAUCCCCUCGCUUUUCGUGCCCAAGGAAGAGCUCCUGAAGUACUCCAAGACCGAGAUCUUUUUCCCGUUCGCUGCGCUCAGUGAGCUUAAUGCCAAGCAAUGGAACUUCUUCUGCGUGGGUCUUGCUGCAUGGACCUGGGACGCACUUGACUUUUUCACCACGUCGCUUAAUGUGUCAAGUAUUGCCAAGUCUCUUGACGUAUCUGUCAAAGAUGUCACCUGGGGUAUCACCUUGGUUCUCAUGUUGAGAACGGUGGGUGCCAUCAUCUUCGGUAUUUGGAGUGACACCAAGGGUCGUAAAUGGCCCUACAUCACCAACUUGAUUCUCUUGAUUGUUCUUCAGAUCGGUACCGGUUUCGUGCAGACCUACAAGCAGUUUUUGGGGGUCAGAGCGCUUUUCGGUAUUGCCAUGGGAGGUUUGUUCGGUAUCUGCGCCGCCGAUGCGCUCGGAGAUGCUCCUCCUAGAGCCAGAGGUAUUUUGAGUGGUAUGUUCCAAGAAGGCUAUGCCUUGGGCUACUUGCUUGCUGUCGUCUUCCAAAGAGCCAUCGCUGACAACUCGCCACACACCUGGAGAGCCAUGUUCUGGUUCUCCGCUGGUGUGCCUGUGAUCUUCAUCGUCUGGAGAUAUUUCACUCCCGAAACCGACUCGUUCAUCCGCCAAAAGGAAAGAUUCAACGAAAGUUCGUCGCAAAAGAAGUCCAAGUUCAAGGAGUUCAAGUCCCAGGCCCGUAAGGCUUUCAAGCAAUACUGGUUGAUCUGUCUCUACUCGGUGUUCAUGAUGUCUGGUUUCAACUUCAUGUCCCACGGCUCCCAAGAUUUGUACCCUACUUUGUUGACUGUCAAGUACGGCUACUCUCACGACAGAGCCACUGUCACCAAUGCUGUUGCUAACCUCGGUGCCAUUGCUGGUGGUAUGGUUUUCGGCCACUUCUCCACCUUCAUCGGAAGAAGAUUGGCCAUCAUCUUGGCCUGUCUUCUCGGUGGUGCCAUGAUCUACCCAUGGGCCUUUAUUGAGGGUUCUGGUAUUAACGCUGGUGCUUUCUUCUUGCAAUUCGGUGUCCAAGGUGCCUGGGGUGUCAUUCCAAUCCACUUGUCCGAAUUGGCUCCUCCCCAAUUCAGAUCUUUGGUCACCGGUGUCUCUUACCAAUUGGGUAACUUGUGUUCAUCUGCCUCUUCCACCAUCGAAUCCACCAUUGGUGAAAGAUUCCCUCUUGAAGGUGGUUCUUCUGGUGUCAAGAGAUACGACUACUCGAAAGUCAUGGCUAUCUUCAUUGCCUGUGUGUUUACUUUCGUCAUUUUGAUUGUUCUUGUUGGUCCUGAAAACAGAGGUGCUGACUUGGGUAUUGAGAGAGAUGAUGUUGCUGACGAAAACGGACUCGACAUUGAAAAUGAAGACCACAAGGAUGCUUCCCAAGCAGUGUAA